GGGGGCGCCCUGCUGGUGCAGGAGGUGAUGGAGCUGGAGUGGCAGGGGCUGCAGGCCGCCCAGGAGAGCCCGCCGGCCCGCGGGGGCGAGGAGGGCCUCCCCCAGAUGCUAGAAGACCCCGAUGAGCUAGCAGUGCUGGAAGAGAUCCAACAGGAGUUGAUCUUGCAAGAACAGUCCGUUAUAGAGGAGUACGAGCGAAGUCUGCAGUUUGAUGAAGAAUGUCUCAAUGCGAUGCUUGAUGGCUUGGAUGCCAGCGACAAGGUCAUCUGCCCAGUGUGUAGAAAGAAUAACCUGACUGUGAGGAAUCAUUUGGUUCUUUGCCAGUGCGGAUUAUACAUCAGCACACAGGGUAUGACAGAAGGGAAGCUUCGGUCACUUCUAGAAAACACUAUCACAGAGCACAGUCACAGGUGCUUUCACAACCCUGAGUUCACAGUUACCAGUGGAAUGGAGGAGGAAACCAGUCUUCUCAUGAGCUGCCCGGUCUGUGACUCCUGGACAAUUCUCCUGUAA